UAUAGUUGAACUGAAAAAACAAACCUUUGAAUAAAAAUGUGGCUGUAGUUUAGUGGUAAGAAUUCCACGUUGUGGCCGUGGAGACCUGGGCUCGAAUCCCAGCAGCCACAUAUUUUAUUUUCUAAUCAAAAUCUGUUUUUCUAAAUAAAUAAAUAACUUUGAUGCAGAGAGGGAUGAGGGUAUUUACCUUCAACCACUUGCUAAAUAACCGCAGAUGCAGAAUGAAGAAACAGUCAUGGAGCAAAAUUUGUGUUGCGGAAAAAGGGGCCCAUAAGCUGCCAAUUCAUAGCCCCUUCAACAUCAACCAAUCAAAUGGUUCAUUUGUGAGAGAGAGAGAGAGAGACUGACUUGGACAGGUCUUUUCUGUGGAGAACAAAAAGCACAGAGUGGAGACUACACACACACAGAUUCCAUGCAAUACCUUUUCAGACCUAUAAAUUCAUCCCCAAUCCAUUGCCAUUGCCUCUCCAUCUUCCAUCCCUUGCCUGCUUUGCUUUCUUUGAGUUCAUCUUUUCCACAUAUAAAGAGUAGCCAUGUCCUCUAAUUCAACUGUUUCCCAAGGAUUACAGUCCUGUCUGGAGCCUCUUCUUCCCCGACCGAACCUGUCAAUGCACCCACUUCUACUCUCUUCCAAACCAGACCUGUCUUUCCCCUGUACUACACAAAAUCAAACCACAAUUCCAUAUCCUGAAAACCAGAACAACUGUGGCGCCUGGAAUUUCAUACUUACAAUUAAAAGCAACACGGAUAGUGGCAAGUGUACCAAUACCAGUACUGAUACAGAGCAGGUUUACGUACCUCCCCUAGAUAUUCCCCCUGUUUCUCCAUGGCUGACUAAUCGAAGCCUGGAAUUGUGUACUGAGAGCCUGGGGAGCGAGACCGGAACCUACAUUGAUUCAAUCAUGGAUGAAUUCUCAUAUCCUGGAACCACGAGACAAAUUACUCCCAAUAAAAAAGCCCUAGAACUUCGCAAGCGGAGUAAACACGUCGGAGUGAUUCCGCCGCCGCUGAGUUCGAUCCGCGGACGCCAUUGCGUUCAUCUACUGCAGAUUCACCGCGAAGACGGUCGGUUGGUGAUCAAAGCUUCUCGAUUCUCCUCCUGCAGAAAGUGUUUCAAAUCCGAGCGCGGGAAUGGAAGACUCCGGCUCUCUUUGAUGAUCCACGAUCGGAAUCAGGCGGAGAAACCAGCCGCGGCAGCAGAUUCCCACGUCUCGGAGCACAAUGAUGCAGGAAGCUCGAAAAUUGGGGGGAAAUUAGGGUUUGGGAGCCGAUGCAAUGGUGAGGAUCUCCACCAGGGCGGCACCACUAGGCUCCCAAGCUUCCCAAUUUAUGUAGCUAUGUCGUGAUCAAUUAAGGCCCUGUUUGUUUU